UGUCAUUCUAGCUGGGUCAGUAUAUCGUAAGCACUUGAAGCUCCAACACACAGCGCUAUAGGAAGCCAAAUUAACCACUCGCCCUCACAGCAUUCCAUCGUAGCUGAAAAUUUUGCGAGUGACGAAGAAGAAAGCAAAAAAAAACAGAAGCACAAAAAAUUCACGCUGUUUUUUGAAAACGUAAAAAAAUUAUUUUUUGGGUCAAAAACGCGUUUAAAAUUAAACGGUUGUACGGCGCACCACGAAGCAUAGGAGCCAACACCAAACCACGAACAAUGUUUGUGUCGGGUCAGCAGCUCAAAUUCAUUGUAUUAAUUGUGAUUUGUAUAAGUCUGGCCCAGAAUUUGGAGGCCCAACGAACUGUAAGUGGUCGCGGUGUGUUACGACGCAAUUACACGGGCAAAAAACCAGUACUGAUACAACAUCGUACUCCAGAUGCGGCCAAUUAUUAUGAUCAUGAAAAUGGUGCUAAGAUCAUAAAAUCCUCACACUUCGAAUUGGACUAUACUCUGGGACGUAAAAUCACCUUCUUUUGCAUGGCUCAAGGUAAUCCUCGUCCUACCAUUACCUGGUUUAAGGAUGGAGCAGAACUGUAUCAACACCGUUUUUUCCAGGUUCAUGAAGCUCAUAUUGAUAAUGACAUCAUUAAAUCAAAAAUGGAAAUAGAUCCCACUACUCAAAUGGAUGCAGGUUACUAUGAAUGUCAGGCCGAUAAUAUCUAUGCCAUAGAUCGUCGUGGUUUCCGGACGGACUAUGUUAUGGUCAAUUUCUAAUUAUGCAACAACUUCAAAAUUAACACCAACCGCGCUUAUUUCUUUUUUUUACACAUUUUUAAAGAAAAAUUAAUUCGAUAAUAACAAAAUAAAGAAGUAAAAACAACAUGGGCAAUUCUAAAAAUACACGGGCAAUCAAACAUU